GUUUGUGUUGACCGAGUUGGGAGUUGGGUGGUGAGUAUUUAGUUGUGAAUUAUUUGUAAAUCUGUUGGGCUAUCUAAUUCUACACAACAUUUAUGUCAUGAUAAGCACCGGAAAUAUCCUACUUUCCUUGCUGAAUUUGAGAAAUGCAAGAACAUUUCUAUUUUCUAUGCAAGAACAUGUCUCAGCUCAUUAAGUUUCUCCCUUUUUUUGGGGGGGAGGGGGUAUGGUAGGCAUUCAUUCUGUUGGUUUACCCCAAGUUCGAUGACUCUUGGACGGCGAAGAUUCGGUGUCGUCCGGCCAAUCCCGCUCAAGGAAAGGCAUAACUGGACAGUGGAACUAAGUGGAUGGUGACUUUGAGAAGCCUAUACCACAUUUAUCAAAAAUAGAAGUGACAAAACAGGUGUUCAAGCACAUCAAAUAUCCCUUAAAGACUGUCAUUAAAAGCAGGGGCCAAAACCCACCCAAAGUUGGGCUACUUUGAGACACCAGCAGCCUCUCAUUGCUAGCGCCAUGCCGUGCGAGGUGAUCACCCUCCAGCUGGGCCAGUGCGGCAACCAGAUCGGCUUCGAGUUCUGGAAGAAACUCUGCGCCGAGCACGGCAUUUCCCCCGAGGGAGUUUUAGAGGAGUUUGCCACCGACGGCCAGGACCGCAAGGACGUGUUCUUCUACCAGGCUGACGACGAGCACUACAUUCCCCGCUCGGUCCUGCUGGAUUUAGAGCCGCGCGUCAUCCACACGAUCAUGUCGUCGCCGUACGCCAAGCUCUACAACCCGGAGAAUGUCUACAUCUCAAAACACGGCGGCGGUGCAGGAAACAACUGGGCGUCUGGCUUCAGUCAGGGAGAGAAACUUCAGGAGGAGGUGUUUGAUAUCAUUGACCGCGAGGCGGAUAACAGUGACAGCCUCGAGGGAUUUGUUCUGUGCCACUCCAUUGCCGGAGGUACCGGCUCAGGCAUGGGAUCGUUCAUCCUCGAAAACCUCAACGACCGCUUCCCCAAGAAGCUGAUCCAGACGUACUCGGUCUUCCCGAGCCAGGACGAGAUCAGUGACGUCGUCGUUCAGCCUUACAACUCCCUCCUGACGCUGAAGCGUCUCACUCAGAGCGCGGACUGUGUGGUUGUACUGGAUAAUACCGCUUUGAACCGGAUCGCCGUGGAUCGCCUCCACAUCCAGAACCCUACCUUUGCGCAGAUCAACUCUCUCGUCUCGACGAUAAUGUCGGUCAGCACCACGACUCUGCGCUAUCCGAGCUACAUGAACAACGAUCUUAUCGGUCUCAUCUCGCCACUGAUUCCCACACCGAGGCUGCAUUUUCUGAUGACGGGAUACACGCCUCUGACUACCGAUCAGGUGGUGACCUCAGUUCGGAAGACCACCGUCCUGGACGUGAUGCGUCGCCUGCUGCAGCCCAAGAACAUGAUGGUGAGCACGUCAGCAGAGAAGAACCUGGCGCACUGCUACAUCUCCAUACUGAACAUCAUUCAGGGGGAGGUGGACCCCACGCAGGUGCACAAGUCGCUGCAGCGGAUCCGUGAGCGGAAGCUGGCCCAGUUCAUCCCCUGGGGGCCGGCCAGCAUUCAGGUGGCACUCUCCAGAAAAUCUCCCUACAUCCAGUCCGCCCACCGCGUGUCGGGACUCAUGCUGGCCAACCACACUUCCAUCAGCUCUCUCUUCGCACGCACCCUACAGCAGUAUGACAAGCUGCGGAAGCGGGAGGCGUUCUUGGAGCAGUUCAGGAAGCAGGAAAUGUUCGCGGAGAGUUUGGAGGAGUUGGAUAACUCCAGAGAGGUGGUGCAGAGUUUGGUGGAUGAGUAUCUAGCGGCCACGAGGGCGGACUAUCUGAACUGGGGUAUGGAGAGGCUCACGGGGGCUGUGUAAGUGGAGUGGAGUGGAGUGGAGUGGAGUGGACACGAAGUGGAAGUGGUGCACCGUGGUGCACGGUGGAAGUGAUGUGGACAAGUGGAGCGCCAUAGUCAGGAGUUGUGUGGACACAGUGGAACGAUGUCGAGCGAUGUGGACACAGUGGAAUGUUGUUAAGUGAUGAAGAGGUGAGUUGGCAUCGUGAGGACUUUCCAAGGAGUGUUGAGUGAAGUUGAGAGGACACAGAAUGGGACGCUGUUGAGUGGGCUUACCAGAAUGGGAACAGUGAGUGAAAACGCCGAGUGACGGAAGGUGAAUGGAGUUAGGUGAGAGAUGGUGCCAUGGAGUGGAUCUCAACAGUCUCGGCAGUCGAAAAGAGUGGAGUGACUAGAACACUCGAAAUGAAUGGGAAUGAGAAGGAGACAUUGAAAUGCGAACGGCUUGGCUCGAGCUGCUGUUAAAGGUGCGAGGGUUCGACCUGUAUUUUGAACCUAGUUCGGGACUGUGAACUGUGCGCCAGAGAGGAAAUCGUUGAUCCAUCCCGGCUCCAGGAUGAGGUGCAGCUAGUGGGGGGUUAACCCUGGCUGUGCCGGACAGCUGCCGUCGCCGCUCAGCACCCAGACGCGGUUCAUCCAGUGUAACAGUGCUUCCAGCAAGUUAGACGUUACUAACGAGAAGACCCACGAAGUCAAAACUGUCGUCUUGUGGACAGACGGUUACACAUUCCGCUUGGGGCGUGUAUGGUGGAGUUAUAGCUCAGUACUGGCUUAACCUGAGAAGUAACGUGACAUGUAACUAAGUGACGUAAUGUGUAACAUUUGUGACAUAAGUGUAACAUUAGUGUUGUAACGUGUAGCAUCCAACUCGUCGAUAAACAUUGCUCCAUGCGGCCCUGUGAAGUUGGACUUCAGACAGCGACAGUCACGCUACGGACUCUGCUGUGGAGACAAAGUCGCGUGGUUGUAGGUUCUAGCUACCUGGAUACACGCUUCGGUGAUGGCUUGGCCUGUUAAGUGCGGCUUUGGGUGACGCAGCGUAAGUGUUGUGUGCUGAGGCUUUGAGCGUGCCUGAAAGCUGCGCCGUUGGUGGCUAAGAAAGCUACAAACGCUGGCAAGCUUUUGUGAUCUCGCAUUCGUGAAAAGCCUGUCUGCUGUCGCCCGUUUUUCGUGCCAAAAAUCGGCGACAUUCGUAGAAGUUCAUCAAAGUCUCGCGAAAUUCACCGAUGAUCAUUGCCUUACCAGACGAACGUAGCAACUUGUUUGUGUCUGAAAUUCCAGUGUCUUGUGGGCGGUAACACGAUUAUUGCAGAUCUUGCGUGGCAUGCUGUCACGCUCGCUUACGGAGACAUGGUUGUAACUCGGGGACCGUUGACACCCCUAACUCCACUCGUAACUCGGCUGAUGCGGUGUCGCCUGAGGCGCUGGAGUUUCCACGUGCGGCGCCAUGGUGUAACAGUGAAUUUAACGUGCGUCGUGCCUGUAGUGUCCGAUAGCUGGUCGAGGAGGGCACAAUAAUUCCUGGAAUAAAACUCAUACGUAGUUC